AAAAAACUCUUCUCAAUCCACAAAUUAUGCCCCAAAACUCCUAACCCAAAAUAAAUAAUCUCUCUCUCUCUACAAACAACAUAGGACGAUCAAAAAUCUCUGAGAAACACAGAAAAUGUCAGGUGGGGUGGGUCCAUCCAGUGACAUACGUCUCCCAAAUGAACAACAAUAUGAACCAAGAAACUCUAAAACCGUCCCAAAGAACACCCAGAAACCUCAUACCCGCCGAGGUUUCUUCACUUUCCGGCAGCUCAACGCGCUAGCCGUUGUGAUCGUCCUUGCCGCCAGCGGCAUGGGUCGCAUUUCCAUCUANUUGCAAGUAGUAACUCCGGCAUCAGAGAUUCACAAUCGUAGCUCUCUGGGCGUUGCAGAGAACCGGCUGGCCGACGUUGAGGCUGUUGAGCCAUUGGUCAUUGGAAAUGCUAAAGCCAAGAUUAGAACAAAGCCUGAAAAGGGUUUCAAGAUAAAAUACAUUCCAAAACAGAAAACUGUUACGUAG